UGACAGGAUAUCCUCUGUCGAUCAGCUGGAUCAUAAAGUGUUUACAUACAUACAUAGUGUCAGUGAAUGUAACGUGUCAGCCUCAGGUUCAUUUCUUACAAUAUUAUUCGCAUCGUCUUUGAACCCGGGAAAACACGAACAUCAUGGAGACUGACAUGGAGACGCCCUUGUUGCCCAGUUCUGCCUCUGACGCCUCGGAGCCCCCGCCCCGCCACCAAGGAGGCACCGUGAUCGCCAUCAUAGGCUCAGGAGACUUCUCCCGCUCCCUCGCCAUCCGGCUGGUGGCCUCUGGUUUCAGGGUGGUGGUGGGCAGUCGAGACCCAAACCGCGUCGCUGCGGGUCUGUUUCCCGAUGGGGUGGAGCUGCGGUCGCAUAGGGAGGCGGUGAGCAGCGCUGAGAGAGUGGUGUUUGCUGCAGUCUACCCGGAGCACUACUCCACCCUGUUGGGGAUGAGGGAGCAGCUGGUCGGGAAGGUUCUGGUGGAUGUGAGCAACGCCACAGAGAUGAACAGCGAGCGGUCGAACGCAGAGAAGCUGGCAGAGCUGUUCCCAGAGAGCCGGGUAGUGAAGGGCUUCAACGUCAUCUCUGCGUGGGCGCUGCAGGCCGGAGCCCACGAUGGAAGCAAGCAGGUCCUGAUCUGCAGCGACUGCUCCGUCUCUAAAUCCUCGGUGGUCCAGCUGGCUCGUCGUCUGGGCUUCAGUCCCGUGGAUCUGGGGGGUCUGUGCUCCUCUCGGGACAUUGAGGAGGCGCCGCUCCUCCUCUUUCCCUCCUGGGGAGCCCCCAUCCUGGCCACCUUCCUCCUCUUCCUCUUUUUCUAUGGUUACAACUUCCUGAGGCGCAUUCUGCUGCCCUACCUCGAUCAUGGGGAGAACAAUUUCUACCAGCUCCCCCUGGUGGCGGUGAAUCAGACGCUGCCGGCGGUCGCCCUGAUCACACUGGCUCUGGUCUAUCUGCCAGGUCUGCUGGCGGCUGUCCUUCAGCUCAGCAGAGGAACCAAAUAUAAGAGAUUUCCUGGUUGGUUAGACUUCUGGCUGUGCAGGAGGAAACAUCUUGGCCUGCUGAGCUUCCUGUGUGCUGCCCUCCACGCUGUGUACAGUAUGUGUCUGACACUGAGGCGUGCUGCGGGAUACACACUGCUAAAUGCUGCUUACCACCAGGUGAAAGCUGGUGUUGAAAACUCCUGGGUAGAGAAGAUGGUGUGGAGGUCUGAUCUCUACCUGUCCUGUGGAAUUCUGGGAUUUGGAGUCCUCUCUCUGCUGGCUGUUACCUCUCUUCCCUCUGUGGGAAAUGCUCUCAACUGGAGGGAGUUUACAUUUGUUCAGUCAGGACUUGGUUACGCUGCCUUAACUCUCUCCGUCAUGCACACGCUCUUCUUCGGCUGGGACUUUACCUUUUCUGCUGAGGCCUACCCUUACUACCUGCCACCUGUGUACCUGCUGGCUCUCAUCCUGCCCUGUGUGGUCCUGGUCGGGCGGAUCCUCUUGGCUCUGCCGUGCCUGGCGUUCAGGCUGGCAAAGAUUCGCAGGGGCUGGGAGAGUGCACGACACCGGCCCCCAAAUAACCGAAAGGAAGCAGACCCACCUCGAAACUUUGGUGACGUCUAGUGUUUCAGGUAGUAGGAGAGACCAAUCAGGACAACCCAGAGGUGUUUCUCCUCUCUGUGAGAGUCUCUGCCAUUCUGUCACUUCCUCUGUGUGUUUGAUAGGCUGCAGCUGGACUUUCCUUCUUCAUACUAACCUGCGUUGUCCACCGGGCGUGUAUGCGCCACGAUCAUAGACUGUAUAUAAAAAAUGGACGUAACAUCCGUGACGUCACCCAUUGUUUUGUGGACUGCUGCGUGGAAGCCAAUAGUAUCAGAUCUGAGUGCGCCAUCUUGAAAAUUUCCGGUGCAUGCUGGGUAAAAUAAAAACACGGAUUCUACUUAUAUGGGCAUCAGGAGGAGCAUGAGGCGCCCUCCUGAACCUGUGAACCAAUCAACCUGUCAAUCACCACGUAGCCACGCCCUAAUGCAUACCCUGCUUUAUCGUCAAAUAUAAAAUCAGGGAGGCCAAAAUGUCCCAAAUGAACAUCAUACUGCAUUGAAGAAGGCUUUAAACUAGCGAUUGAGACCAUAAACACAUUUUGAAAACGUUUACUGAGGUUAGAAAUCAAGUGAGAAGUUGGUGAAUUCUCCAUUGACUUGUAUAGAGACGGAAGUCCUUUUGACACCAAAACGGUCGCCCCCUGGUGGCCUUUUGAUAGAAUGCAGUUUUUAGUUACUUCCACGUUGGCCUCAUUUCAGAGGACCGAAACUCCCCACCUGGCCACGAUCCAUCCUCUGCACUGCGUACUACCCACAGGGAGCAAUCUGCCUUUUAAAUGAAGUUGUACUGUUAAUAUAGUAAUUACGGCAGCCCAAUCAAAUCCAAACGAGUGUCUUUAGGCUACCGUAAUUACUGUAGAAGCAACACAACUAAUCAGCCCGAUUUUGUUAACUUGCUCAAAUUUAGUUGAUUUGGUAAUUUUCCUUCAUGUUCACAGCUCCAAGAGGCCUUUUCGGAGCCGGAAUGUGGCGCACCCGCACCCGGUGGAAUCAAGGGGUAACAGGGGAAAGCGACAGUGAGCGUAGAAAUGUCACCUGAUCAUGUCGUAGGGUCCAAGAGAACGCAACAUGUGAAACUGAUCUUGCACAGUGUGAAGCGUGCAGGGAGAACUUACUUGCAAAUAGUCUAAUAAUCAACAAAGAGCAUCACCAGGAAAAAUAUACUCCAAACCAGGGACUGAAAAGAGGAAAGUGUUAUAUACAGUAUAAAUGAAAUGGCUGAAGGACGGAUCAAAUGUAUUUUUGACUUUGGUUAAAGGUGCAAGAAGCAUCCGUGCACUUAAAUGGUCCUGAAGGUAAAAAGAAGCAACUUCAUUAUCCAAAAAUCAUGCAACAUAAACUGUGUUGCUCUAUGAAAGUAAAUGGCAGUAGCUUUGAAUGAGAAAACAGGGCCAUCUGUCUGUAGCCGGGCUCACAUGCACUUUCAAAGGUUUUCAAACUGUGAGGAGGGAGGGACAGAUGUACUGCCUGAGGUGAAAGGGAUACUUUACUCAUCAACACAAUACGGAUCUGUAUCUUUGAUGUCUGUCACAAAUAAACAUCCAUAAACGCUCUUAGAGAAAAAAACGCUGCUCAUAACUCAAGAACUCGCUUGAGAAUCAUCCAAGUUUCUAAUAGUCCGGUCACCAUAACUACUUUAGUUGGACGAUAUAUUGUCUCAGAAAUAAUCCCGAUAAACGAUAUUAUUGUCAUCUGAAGGUUAUUUUAUACCACUGAUAUAAUGAUAAUAUAAUAGCAUAAUAAUGUAAAACACACACUGCCAUUAUGGUAGACAGAGUUAUUUACCUUAGAGUUAACCCCACAUGGGUUAAAUGUGGGCUACUUGGGUACUGAGUGGGCAUUGAACUGGGCAAAUAUUGUGGGUCCCACAUGGUUUCAGUAACAUGGGCCCAACAUGUGAAGCCCAUGUGGGCUGACUGUAUGAGCACCAUAAGGGAUGUAAGUGGGCAGAAACAGGGCAAAUUGUAUGGGCCCCAUAUUGUUUCAGAAAGUUCUGGCUAAAUGGGCCCUGUUGAAGGUCCAUUCUGAACCCACUUAAACCCCAUAUGGGCUAAUAUAUGGGGCCUACAUUGGUCUCACCCAGUUGGGCCCCACCUGAAACCCAAUCAGAACCCAUUUGAAGCCCAUAUGGGCACACACAGGUGGGGUCACCAUGGAUACUGCAGAAAAACCCACCCAUAUUACAGCCCAAAUGUAACCCUUAUGGGGGCCCACAUGGACAUGCUGGCUGGGAUAAGUCGAUAUAUAGACAUGAUGAUGUUGAUCGACUUAUGGUACAAUAGUUAUUGUGACAGGCCUAUUUUUCAAAGUGAUCCAGUGAUACUUAUCUGUACAUCAUGAUACACUGCAAACAGGAGCUGCUAACUAAGCACACUUUUAAUGAUGCCAUAUACAUAUAAACAUAUGUAGGGAAACUAUUUAGAAGUUAAAGCUGAAAUACAGACGAACCACAUUAAAAUGUUGCUUACAUGAAUCCAGAUCCUGCCAUAUCAACCAUAUAACCACGAUGAGAAACAUUUCCGCUUUGUGUUUAUGCUCAAAUAUUAUAUUAAUAUUGCUUUCAAGGUUAUGUGCAUAUAUUUGUCAGUUCAUAGCAGCUUGCUUCUGUGCCAGACGGGCAGAGCUUAAGUUCAUUUUGAUCAUUAGCAUCAUCAACAAGAGUGAAAAGAAGAGUCCGAAACCAGCAGAUGCUUUUCUAUCAGUGUCAGCAGUCGUAUCAGAGGAGCUGAAACUGUCAGAAAAUAUGAAUGCAAUCACUCGUAGGUGCUGAAGCCCGAAGUGAAAAUCACCUUUCGUACUCUGAACUUUCAGAGCAGGUUAAAGUCUACUGAAGCAACACACUUUACUUUUAAAGGGACAGACUUGUAUAUAUAUUUUCAUCACAAAUCUUUAUUUUUGUAAUGUUCUGUUUAAACUGUGUUUGUAGUACAGAAACACUGAACAUCCAAAAAAAGAAAAUAUUUUGGAUACAAGCCUAUUAAUUCAACAUGACCAGAUUUGAAUCCUUAUGAAGCGUGAUCAUAUUUGGGUCAAUGAUGGUUUUUAUUGUCUCCAUGUGGUUUAGUUUAAAUUUAAAGGGUUAAAAUGUGAAAAUAAACGUAUGAAUAACUUUCACACUUUCUUUUUUUGUGGACCCAGCAUCACAUUUAGAUAAUAUAUUAGAGGAUUAUGGCAAAAAUGUCUCAGUGGUGUAACCAUAAAAACUUUGUACCAAAUAAUUCAACUUGCUGUUAAAAUGUACAUUUUAACAAACCUGCCUUUAAAACUAUUUUUUAAGAUAUAUUUUGAAUUGCUAUUCUUGCCAACUUUUAUUUGUUACUGAGCCGUAAACAGAUCUGAUAAAAGAAAAGGGACAUACACUAUGACCAUUGGCUUUAAUUGUGAAAAUCAGGCAUAUUUGUCACUUGCAAACUUCUACAUCCAGCUGAUAAAACAACGACUGAGUCUGUAAUUCAAGCAUGAGGCAAUCCACUGAAGAACAAAGUGCCUAACGUAUUAAAUACACCUGCUGGAUAUGAGAACAUCCUGUAUAAUGUAAUGUGUUCCAAUAAAUCCUGUCUUUAAAUCAUAA